AGUGGCCCUCCGCCCCACGUAAACAAACCCCGCGGGUCGGCUGUCCGCCUCGCCCUCGCAGCCCCACCUGUGCGCCCUGGCCAGCUCCACCGCUCCUUUACCUUCUCCUCGGCGUUAGGAGGUGACAGCAGAGAUGUCUCGAGAGCUUCAGGAUGUGGACCUCGCUGAGGUGAAGCCUCUGGUGGAGAAAGGAGAGGCCAUCACCGGCCUCCUGCAGGAGUUUGACGUUCAGGAACAGGACAUUGAAACCUUACACGGCUCCAUUCAUGUCACGCUGUGUGGGACACCCAAAGGAAACCGGCCUGUUAUCCUCACGUACCAUGACAUUGGCAUGAACCACAAAACCUGCUACAACCCCCUCUUCAACUCCGAGGACAUGCAGGAGAUCACCCAGCACUUUGCCGUCUGCCACGUGGAUGCCCCUGGCCAGCAGGAUGGGGCUCCUUCCUUCCCCGUGGGGUACAUGUACCCCUCCAUGGACCAGCUGGCCGAAAUGCUCCCUGGGGUCCUUCAUCAAUUUGGGCUGAAGAGCGUGAUCGGCAUGGGCACGGGGGCGGGCGCCUACAUCCUCACGCGAUUUGCGCUGAAUCACCCCGAGAUGGUGGAGGGCCUCGUGCUCAUCAACGUGAAUCCGUGUGCAGAGGGCUGGAUGGACUGGGCUGCCUCCAAGAUCUCCGGAUGGACCCAGGCCCUGCCUGACAUGGUGGUGUCCCACCUCUUCGGGAAGGAGGAGAUGCACAGCAACGUGGAGGUGGUGCACACCUACCGCCAGCACAUCAUCAACGACAUGAACCCGGGCAACCUGCACCUGUUCAUCAGCGCCUACAACAGCCGGCGGGACCUGGAGAUCGAGCGGCCGAUGCCCGGAGCCCACACCGUCACCCUGCAGUGUCCGUCCCUGCUGGUGGUUGGGGACAGCUCUCCCGCCGUGGAUGCUGUGGUGGAGUGCAACUCGAAGCUGGACCCCACAAAGACCACGCUGCUCAAGAUGGCGGACUGUGGUGGCCUCCCGCAGAUCUCCCAGCCAGCCAAGCUCGCAGAAGCCUUCAAGUACUUCGUCCAGGGGAUGGGAUACAUGCCCUCGGCCAGCAUGACCCGCCUCAUGCGGUCCCGCACGGCCUCGGGCUCCAGCGUCACCUCUCUGGAAGGUUCCCGCAGCCGCGCGCACACCGGGGAGGGUUCCCGCAGCCGCGCCCACACCGGCGAGGGAGCCCGCAGCCGCUCGCACACCAGCGAGGGAGCCCACCUGGACAUCACCCCCAACUCGGGCGCCGCAGCCGGGAACAGCGCGGGACCCAAGUCCAUGGAGGUGUCCUGCUAGGCGCCUGUGCCCUGCCGAGACCCCCACCCCCCACCCCGGACUCUGAUCUCCGUAGCAGCCCUCCCCUCGGCCCUCCUCCCCCCC